AGACCGUUGCAGCGUUUCCCGUGUAUGCGUCGCAGGCCGUGCCCCUUACUAUAUCUCAGUCAUACGGUUGUCAAGCCCUAUAUAUUGCUGUCAACAGCCGGUCGUUGUGAUGCACCCCAGACUCUCCUCCACUGGCCUCGUCCUUCCUUUCUUUGUGCAAGUUCAGACUGUGUCUGCUGCCCACUUUCCUUAACAUGGCGCUCGCCGUUCUUUUCGUGUACCUGCUGGCAGUGUUCACUUCGUUGGCUGCUGGAAAGCCAAUUCUGAUGCCCCGGCUGGCCCAGGAUGCAUCAAAACCCUCUUUUGACGUAACCCUCAGGUCUCUUGGAGACAGCACCGUUCACGCAGCGGUCACCAACACUGGCAAUGAAGCUGUUCGCCUUGUCCGCCGAGGCGGCAUUCUCGAGCACAUUCCUACUAACAAAGUCAAUGUUUAUCACGGUGACUCCGAGGCUGCUUUCAAGGGAGCCCAUGUCAAAUAUAUCCGCUCGCACCUCAACGACGAUGCCUUCGUCCAGCUCGCACCCAACGAGACCGCUACCUCUGUGUUCGACAUUGCCGACUCUCACGACCUCUCUGAUGGAGACCACACAGCUUUCUCCAAUGGCGCUCUUGAAUACACAACCCUGACGGACAAAACCAAGUUCAAGACCUUCCACUACCGUUCAAACAAGAUCUCCUUCACUGCGUCAGACAAUUCCAACCGCCUCCAGACUCGCAGCACCAUCGACUGCUCCAACGAUGAAUACAACUCAGCAGUCAAGGCUGCCAUCUCCCGCGCAGGCGAGAUGGCCACGGCAGGCGCCGCCGACGCUCGCAAGGGCGCCAGCGCAAACUUCAAGAAGUUCUUCUUCACUGAAUCCCAGGAUGCCCUCGACGAGGUCGCCGGUCGUCUGGAAGCCAUUGCCUCCGAAGCAACCAGCACCGGAACGAUGACCUACUACUGUGCCCCCCGAAGCCAGGACGACUGCAGCGGCAACAUCGCCGCCAUGACCUACCCAUCCGACAAUAUCGUCGUCAACUGUGACUUGUACUACGAGACCGAGGCUUCAUCAGACACAUGCGGAUACCUUGACCAGGGUGGUAUUGCGCUCCACGAGUUCACCCACGCCACUGGCAUCUACAGCCCCGGUACUGAGGACAUGGCCUAUGGCUACGAGGAGGUCCAAAGCCUUGAUACCAACACCGCGCUCAACAACGCCGACUCUUACGCCUACUACGGCGCUGCCAUCUACCUCCAGUGCGCUGCCGACGACUCUACCCCCUCAGGCACCCCAAUCAGCGGCGGAGGCAGCUCAACCGUUCCGGUUGCGCCUACGGCUUCUCCAACCUACCCACCUUCCCCAAGCACUGGCUUUGGAGGCGGUGGUGGCUGGCCUUGGGGUCAGGACAGUGGCUAUGACAGUGGCUAUGACAGCGGCUAUUUGAACGGUCUCAACAGGGAUGCCCCUUCAGGCACUCCAACUGGAGGCUCUGGCGGUGGUUUUGGCGGUUUCCCCAUCCCUAGUGGUAUUCCUGGUGGUGGCUCCGGCUCUGGAUCUGGCUCCGGUGGCAGUGGGUUCGGCGGUUUCCCUAUUCCGAGUGGCAUCUUUGGAUCUGGAUCUGGUUCAGGUUCUGAAGGCAGUGGUUCUGGUGGAUUCCCUGGCUCUGGCUCAGGCUCAGGUUCAGGCUCUGACGAUAGUGGCUUCGGUGGCCUCUUCCCAAGUGGUAUUCCCGGUUCGGGCUCUGGAUCUGGCUCUGACGAUAGUGGAUUCGGUGGCCUCUUCCCUAGUGGCAUUCCGGGUGCUGGCUUCGGUUCUGGCUCUGAUGAAGAUGAAAGUUUGUUCGCCGAAGUCCCCAGCCCUAGUGGCGCACCUGGUGCUGGCUUCGGCUCUGGAGGAAGUGGCAGUGGUGGUGGCUUUGGUGGCUUCCCUGCUCCAAGUGGCUUCCCAGGAUCUGGCUCUGGAGGCAGUGGCAGCGGUGACUUCCCUACUCCCAGUGGUUUCCCCGGAUCUGGCUCGGGCUCAAGCUCCGGCUCAGGCUCGGGCUCAGGUUCUGGGAGCAGUGGGUUUGGUGGCAGUGGCAGUGGUGGUGGCUUUGGUGGUUUCCCUAGCCCCAGUGGUUUCCCAGGAUCUGGCUCUGGAGGCAGUGGCAGUGGCAGUGGCAGCGGUGGCUUUGGUAAUCUCCCUACCCCCAGUGGUUUCCCCGGAUCUGGCUCAGGCUCUGAAGGCAGUGGCUCCAGUGGCUUCCCUGGAACCGGAUCUGGCUCUGAAUCUGGCUCUGGAGGCAGUGGCAGCGGUGACUUCCCUACCCCCAGUGGUUUCCCCGGGUCUGGAUCCGCAUCUGGGGCUGGCGGUAGCGGGUUCAAGCGGUGAUUUGGCCCUAGACCGUGGAGGAAGACUGUAACUCGAUGUCUUUCUUGUUGCUUUCUUGCUCAGAUUCCUAUUUCAAGCAACGUGCCCUUCCGAGGCUGGAGGUAUAUUGAAAUGACAUAUAUAUACUAAGUAGUCUAGACAAGGCCAUUCGUUUAUCUCAUGUCUAUCUACUACUGUGCUCCCUGUAGUGCUGCAACCACUGCGUCUCCAAACUCUUUAGUUCCUGCCUUACCUCCCAGAUCGGAUGUACGGAUUCCCCUGUCGAGUACUGCCCGCACUGCAUCUUCUAUCUGCCGUGCCUCUUUCUCCAUGUUGAAGGAGUAUCGGAACAUCAGCGCAACACAAAGAAUCAUGGCGGUCGGGUUAGCGAUGUUCU